AUGACGAGAUCUUUCGCAAAGCAUCAGACUGACGUGCAAAGAAGGGAGGGUGCGGGCAGACGGGCAGAGCAGAGUUCGAAGCGCUUACCAGACAACGCUGUGCUGAGUGCAGGCGAAGAACGCCGGUAUGAGCCAGCCCAUGAUAACCAUGGGCUACAGUGA